UUCGUCUUUGGAAAAGAUAAGACCUGAGACCUAGACUAGGAAAUACGAAAAUAUACCUCAAUUUAUUUAAAGUUUUCCUGGCUCUAUAAUCUAAAGUUGUUAAAAUUUUGUAUUACAAAUGUGAUAUGUGUGACUUACUUCUCAAUUCUUUGAAUACCUGUCUAUUUCAACAAAGAAAUUUCAAAAGGAAAACUCAUAGAAGAAUGAAUUCAACCUGAUAACAAAUACAAUACAUAUCGAAUUGUCUUGGUCUAUGGGCGGCUCCUGACUUAAACUUAAAGCUAUAAUUAAAAGAUUAAAAACAAAAGAAUUUGUCUUGUUGUUUAAGUCAUCGUUUUGUUUUCCUGUAUCUACGUUUCUUCUUAUAAUCCGGAAUCUAAAAUCGAUCGCUGCUUUGACGUUAUUCUACGAAAAAAUAAAACAUAAAAACUAGGAACAAAAUUGUGUAUUAAAGUUGACCUUGGCAUUAAAUAUAUUAUAGUGUUUUAUACACUGUGUCAUCAGUUUCGGAAAUGGAUAUAAGAGGCAAUAUUGGCAGACCAACGAUGACGAAUAUUCCAACAGUUUCUGAAUCAGUAAACACAACUCCACUGCUUGUUGGUUUAUCUAUAAUCCAACAAAAGUUUAAACAAGGGGAGAUUCCAUCAAUGCUUUUGGAAGCAUAUCAAAUAAUCGGAAAUGAACAUGCAAAUCGUUUACUUGCAAUCGUCCAAUCAACGGGAACUCAUGCUAUAUUUUCUUUUAAUGUGGCACGGCUUCCGCCGCAAACUAUCUCUGAUCUAGCAAUUGAUAAAAUAUUUCCAUUGGACGAUACCUUCGAAUUGACUGCAGGUAGAAUGGAUGCGCAAUCUAAUUUACAAUUUAGUCUGAAAUCAUUUAACGAUAAACCAUCCGAAUUUUACACAAGUAAAGGAAUUAAUAGCUUUGAGAAUUUUCAAAAGCAUGUCAAUAAGGCUAUGGAUAGUUAUAAGACUAGACUACGAUGGAUAAACCAGCAACAGCAAAAUCGAAAUCUUACUCAAAGUGUUGAUAAUGGGAUAGUUAUAAGUCCAGUAGAGAUGAGUUUCAAAUGGCUGGAGGCGUAUCAGAAGCAAGACGCAGAUAUGAUUGCCAUCGACAGAGGAAUUGCAGAUGGAACAAAGCAACUUAAAAAGGGUGAGACUAAGUUUCAAGACGAACUAAGAAAGCGAGAAAAGGAUUAUAUUGUAUACAAAAACUAUCGAAUAUAUUGCGCUACUUGGAACAUCAAUAGCACGCCAUGUCCACUUAGUGAUUUGAGCUUAUGGCUAGCAAGAUCUGAAGAUCCACCAGAUAUUUACGUUAUUGCCUUGCAAGAGUUGGACGUCACUCCAAUGGCGAUUGGGUUUAGUGAAAGUAAACCUGAUCCUGGUUGGAAUCGAAAAUUCUUGGAAUCUCUUCAUAAGAACGCAAAAUAUGAACAACUCACGUCGGUGCGUCUUGUUGGCAUGAUGCUUACAAUUUUCGUACGAAAAGAACUUCGCCCAAGUCUUGUCCGUUAUAGUACCCAGAGUGUUGGCACAGGAAUGAUUUCUUUUGGAAAUAAAGGAGGCGUUGCUGUUAGUGUGACAUUUAACGAUGCUACCUUAUGUUUUGUUAAUUCGCAUUUAGCUGCACAUAUGCAUGAAAUUGUAGCAAGAAAUCAAGGAUUUGACACAAUAAAUAGAAAAUGCAUUUUCAAUGAUAUUUCUGGUCUCCGAUGCAUUUCACAACAUGAUCACAUAUUUUGGAUUGGUGAUUUAAAUUAUCGAAUCAACGAAAUCCCUGGCAUACACCUUGACCGUUCCAACUAUGAAAGUCUGCUUAAAUUUGAUCAACUGGUUAUGGAAAUGAGAAAAGAAAAUGUUUUUCGUGGCUAUACUGAAGGUCCUAUUAAAUUUAGCCCAACAUAUAAAUACGAUCCUGGUACGGAUAAUUUCGACUCCAGUGAAAAACUCCGAGCGCCUGCUUAUUGUGAUCGUGUUCUAUGGAGAGGUGAUGGUAUAACACAGUUAUCAUAUAACAGUGUGAUGGAAAUAAGACAAAGUGAUCAUAAACCUGUAUAUGCUGAAUUUACAACACCGAUAAAAACGAAAGACUUCGAUCUUUAUAAACGUGUCUACGAGGAAACACUUAAAAGCGUUGACAAAUAUGAAAACGAUAAUCGACCCCAAAUUACAGUUGAAAGGACCGAAAUCGACUUUGACGAAGUUACUUUCAACGAACUUGUGGUUAGGGAUUUUACAGUUGCUAAUAAUUGUCAUUUGCCUGUUGAGUUUUCUUUUGAACAAAAAGAGCGAAGAAUUUGUGAGAAAUGGUUAGAUGUUGAACCGAAAUCAGGACGACUACUUACAGGUUCUAGUAUGAGUAUUCGAGUCAAAUUUCAAGCAAAUUCUGAAACAAUAGCUGAUUUUGUUCAGAAAAUAAAUUCCUCAAAGAAAAAAUCCGUAUUCGAUAUAUUGGUGCUUCAAGUUAAAGAUGGACCGCAUUCGUUUAUAUCGAUUCUAGGGCUUUAUAGGCCAAGUUGUUUUGGUUUAUCGGUGGAGACAUUAUGCCAAACAGAACGUCCAGUUUGCGAGUAUGUUAUUGAAGAAUUAAAUGAAUUGGCAAAUAUCAAAGACAAGUUUCGAGUAAGUAUGCCGAGGGAAUUCUUUCUUCUUAUUGAUUACCUUUAUAAAUCGGGAACGAAAACUGAGGGACUUUUCUCACUUAAUCGAAACUAUGCAAAUAGUGAAAAAAUCAACCAGAUUCGAGAUUGGCUGGACAGUUGGUCAAAUGAAGACUUUCCUGGAAGUCCUCAUACUGCUGCUGAAGCAUUACUUAUGCUAUUAGAAUCUCCAAAGGAACCACUAUUAAAGCCCUGCGCUGAACAAUUGUUAAAAACAACAACAAUAGAAGAAGCUCUGAAUCUCAUAACACGCUUAAGUCCACCAAGGCGUAAUAUGUUCUUCCAUUUAUGUCUCUUUCUAAGAGAAGGAAUUGGUAAUAAAUUUUACAAUGUUGACGAAAUAGCUACAUUAUACGGAGAUAUACUAUUGCGAAAGAAAUCAGAACAAGUUAAGGGUAUCCAAGAUGGACGUUGUCGUUUGUUGAUGUUAAGGUUCUUACAUUCGGAUUUAGGUAUUUUCACACGAAUAACGAAUUCUAUAUUAUCUGAUCAUCAUCAUGAGGAUACAUAAACAAAACAAUAUGAAUUAUAUCCUCCUAUCAUGUAUAUUUAUUCAAAUCACCAUUAAUUUUAAGCUAAAAGAAAGAUUAGAUCAUUGAAUUGUUAUAAAAAUAAUAUACUGUCCAUGUCAUUAAACAUAUUACAUACACCUAUUCACAUUUCACUGCUAGAACGGAUCGAUCGUAACGUUUCGUGACAAGCUAGUGAACUAUUGGGAGAAUCAAAAAUAAAAACGCUUACACCAUGUUGAUUUAAGUAAACAAAUAU